GCUGUACUGCUUAGAGUGUGGACUUCGUCGUCAUUUCUAAAGGUUACUGUCACAAUGUUUCGUUAUCUGUUGUGUAUCUCAGUUAUUGUGUACUUGGCUUCGACAGCGAGGUCUCAUUCUAUCGUGAGCAAGAGGAAAUACACUGCCGACAUGUGUGAUCAGAUGCCGGAAAACAGAAUAUUCAGGUGUGCUGGAGGGGAGACGGUCUGUGUUACCAAAUCACGACAAUGUGACGGGAUCAUUGACUGUAAUGAUGGAUCGGAUGAAAUGGACUGUGACGCCGAACACGAAGCUGAUUGUAAGAGUUCGUUCAUAGAAAAGAAAAUACUAGACUACAUACAGUGCGAAAGCGAUAACAUGUGCCUGGAUAAGUGUCGCAGGUGCGAUGGAGUGUGCGACUGUUUGGAUAAAAGUGACGAGGCUGAUUGCGAGGGCUACGUGAACACGCGAAAGUGUCAGGUCCCAGCCCGAAGUCGACAUGUGUGAAUGAAUAUACACCAUUUACUAUUACUCAAUAUGACGUCAUCAUCAUAGUACUGGGAUGGUAUAAACCUGCUACAUGUCAACGAGUCAUUGAACUAUUUCGGUUUUUGUUCAGACUUUGCUAUUAUUAUUAUUAUCUCUGUCAUCCUCUUAUGACCGAGGAUCAUGGUCUGAUUGGGUUCGAUAACCUGUUUUGAAGAUUACUCACAGCGAGGGGGGGUAUUGAGCAAUGGAAAUUUACAUUACAUUACAUCACGCCGAACUAUAUCAGUGAGUUGCGUCAUAUUACAUUGCAUGUCACAUUAAUGUG